AUGGGGAGUGCGCCCUAUUGGUUGGUGGCGAGAGAGAGAGAGGGAGAGAGAGAGAGAUAGAGGAAGUGCGUCCCGUUGCCCGGAUACCGGCGCCGGGCAGCGGCGGCGACCAGCGGGUCGAACUCCCGGACCAGGCGCUGGGCCGCGCUCUCGACCGUGCAGCACCCAGGGUCGACUGUGCUGCAGCCGCAGAUCGGAGUUGUUUCCCGCUCCCCCCGGGCUCGGUUGCAGCGCCCUUGAUUCGGUUCAGUUCGGAGUUGAGGGCGGCGGAUUCCCCUCACUCGGCUGCAGGAUGGACAUGAGCAUCAGGCACCUGCUUGCAGAGGCGGCAGUCUGCGGCAGCGAUUUAAGUACUUUGAAGAAAGCUUACAACUUAAUAAAAGAAGCCACUGCAGAGAGAACUACAUUGGCUAGAGUGGAGAUUCUUAACCCAGAUUUAUAUGUGCAGUGUGCAGAACUGGCUUUGCAGUUUAAACAGGAAGAUAUUAGCCAGGAUUGCCUGACCAUGUACUUUGAGGGAACACGCCCUUAUAAUCAGUUCUUGUGUAGGGCAUGCCUUUGCCAAGCUCAACUCUAUGCUCCGAAAUCUGCUGCAAACCAAAAUGAAUUGAAUAAGGCUGUACGGUACAUACAUGAGGCCAUAAAACAUGCAAGAAAGGAAAGCAGAUACUACUUUCUUAUUUACAAUGCAUCUGUUAUAUAUUGGAGGAUAAUAAGGCCAUUUUUAAAGCCAGGCUUCUAUACCCAUGUGAUCUCAAGUCUUUCUGAAGUAAUAAAAUCGUUGCAAAUGACUGAAGAUUUGGAUUAUGAAUGGCUUGCUCAAUUAAUGAUAGCACUAAUUGAAUGUUACUUGGAUGAAGGAAAAAUGCAAGAAGCAACAAACUUUUCAAACAGUACUGCAAACUUUAUUAAACUGAAUGUUCCACAUAUGUACCCAAAGAUAGUUUCUAUUCAGGUAUUUCACAAUCUUGAGGAUUUUAACAAAGUGAGUAAAGAGUUGAAAGGGUCGGUUCAUCUGACAGCAAUUUGCAAGAUUCAGAGGUUGAAAUUUAAAAUUAAAGAAAGGGACAUUUCGCUAAACCUCACAGUUCAACUGAAUCAGAUACAUCAACUUAUAAAAUCAUGUGAAACAGCCUCAACAACAAGUUUUGGUGGUCUGUCAGAUACACAUCUCCCAUCAUCUACUGCCCAGCUGACUGAAGAUGAAAGGCUGUCUUUGCUGUUGGAGUUGGCCCAUCUUGCAUUAGAAGUAAAACAUUUUGAUAUGGCAUCAUAUUCUAUUAAUGACCUCAAAAAGCAUGAACUAAAAGAUAAAGCAACAGCAAUGGAAAUUGAGUGUUUGGAAUCUGAACUUGAAAUACAAAGGCUGGGAAAAAAAGCAGAGAAAUGCACCAAGAGCUUUGUAGAGCAUUCCUUGAGAGUAAUUAAGCGAAUAGAUCAAGUCCUGCAGAAUGCUAUACGUGAGGGAAAUGGAAAUCUAAUUCAGACUGUUUGUGUGACUCAGUGGAAUCUUUGUCUACCUUUGCUUGAACCUAAUUUGCGAAAGCAUGUGUACAAACCACUGGUCAAUGUGGCAACAGCUCUUAAUGAUCUCGACAGUUUGUUGGUUCAGCUGCGUUGCCAAGUUCAUAUAGAAAUAGCUCAGAUUGAGGAGGAUGAAAAUCGGAUAGAGGUUGCCAUGGAACAACUCAAAAAAGCAUUUCAACUCAACGACAGAGGGCCGUACAAGAAUUACAUCAAACAAACAAUGCACCGUUUGCAGCUGUACUCAUCAGUUUAUGAAUUUCCGAAACUCCCAGAGGAUCAAGCCAUCCUGAUCAUUGAACAGGUCAAAAGAUACAAUGACUUGAAAUGUGGCCAAAACAAUCGAUCUUUGAUGAUUAAGGCUGGAGAAGCUCUUGCUCCUAUUUCUUUUCAACAGGUUCUGGAUAGUGAAAAUAAGGCUAAAGUUUUUGUAGGCCGUAGUAACACAGGCUUAAUUGGUUUACUUGCUGCCAAAGUCGAAAAUUACAUGAAUUGUAUACAGAAGACCGAAGGACACCUGGAAAGACUCGAAGAUGUAAAUGAUAAAUUGAGGGUGGGAAUUUGGACUGAUUUAGUCAAAGUUGCUCGUAAGCAAGAAAUUUGGGAUGUCUGCCGUGCUGCAUGUCAAUUUUGCCUAUUAUAUGAUGAUGGACGAUGGAAACUGGAAAAAAGUGAGGAAGGUGAUAGCUCAAUAAAUAUUACUGUCUCUGAUGCACAGUUAUACAGCAGUCAUAGGAUCUCAUCAUCGUUACAUUCUUCACGCAAAACAUUUUAUUCUAACGUUGAUGUAAUCAGACUACUUGCUGACAUACACUUCAUUAAAGGAGAGGCAACUAUUCAUUUGCUAAGAUCAGAGGGUGCAGAGUUCAACAACAUGGCAGUUUUCCCAGGAGAGAAACAAACACAUUCAACAGGUUUUGUAGCCAAAAAUUUAGAGGAAUCUCCAGAAUGGAUAACAUACAGAAACUGGAUAGAUUAUCUGUCCUAUUCUGCCACAAAGAGCUUUCUACGAGCUGCAGAACUGGGCGUGCAAUUAAAUGAAGCAAUAAUUGUAUGUAAUGCAGCAGUCUAUAUCUGGAAUUAUAAUCACCACCUACAAGUUGCUGGGAGAUAUAAGGAACUUGUGAAACCAUUUCAGACACUUCUUGAUGCAUUAAAAAAAACAGGACAUUGUGGGGAAACUGUGAUUUUAGUAAUGCUAUGCAAUGGUCUAUGUCAAGGCUUGAUUCAACCUUGGAUACCCAGUCCAACUAACAUUGAAAAAAGUGAAUCUGGCAAGGGUUCUCCACCUUCUGCCAAGAAAAAACCACCUGCAAAAAAACCUGAAAAACCAAACGUUCCACAGGUUUUGACUGUUGAUCCUGAAGGUGUUCCUCACUUAAAUGAAGCUCUCCAGAUCUGUGAAUUUGCGUUACGCAUUACAAAUGGAAGAGUGCCCUCUGAUGUUGUUCCUAUUGCUGUGAGAUAUCAGAUUAUAAUCACAUGGGUCAAGAUAAAACAGCUUCUGCAACAACAGAUAGGACUAAAUCUGGGAAGUGAUAAUGAGAUGACAUGGUCAGAGAAAAGACCUGAUGUAGAAGAAGCCCAGCAAAGUAAUGACAGCCAGAGUUCAAUGGUCCAGGUUCUUAUAGCUCUGGAGAUGUAUUCAUGCAAUAGCAACAGACUGAUGAAAUUUACUGUACCCAGUCUUCUUGAGUUGGAAAAUAAAAUAUCAAGUUGUAACUGGACUGAUAAACUGCUGGAGCUGGAGGUAUGGACACGUUUGAUGCAACUUGCUUACGUGAAUAACGAUAACCCCCUAGUAAUGCAGUGUGCCCAGAAAGCAUUUGAAUUGGAAAAACUUGUUGCUCAAUCUCCUGGUUUUAAGAAACACGAAAAGCAUAAUUAUGCAGUUGAACAUGAAUUGCUGAGUGUUGUUGCCUGUAUCCAAGGGCAGAACUUGAUGAAGACUGGAGCUGGAAAUAGCGAAAUGCAUUUUGCUGCAAUCAAAGCAUUUGAACUGAGUGCAAGCCAUGGCGAAAAAGCUGGAUGUAUGAAGCUUGUAAUGAAUUCAGCAAAACACUUCUGGAAUUCUUGCCUGUCUUUGAUACCAACUAUUGUGGGAAGAAGUAUACUUGAAGAGCCCCUUAAAUCUUUUCUAAACGCUAUCCACAAUACCUACUCCAAAACUAAAAAGGAAGAAGAAAAGGAAGAAAUGACUCAACACCCAACAGUUAAACAUCAAACACAUUAUUCCAUCCUAGAACAAUUAGCAAUAUCUGUUGAUGAUCCUGAAGAUGAUCUCAAGUUAAGGGCAGCAAUGUAUGGUCUUUUAUUCCACAUUAAUGCAAAUAAAGGAGACUGGAAAGCUGGGUUAAAGGUGUUGGACAACGCCAUCAGAGAUAUGCCAAAGACGAAACAAAGGUUGCUUCUUUUCAAGCAUAGAAUUAUGGUAAAUACCAGGCUUGGCCACAAUAUCCAGAUGGAUAUGCAGAAGUUAAAUGACGAAAGUGAAGACCAUGUAUCUUAUAUGUGGCACCGUGUGGCAGUUUUCUCUAAGGAUAUAGCAAAUCAGUUAACUUGCUAUCAGAAUUCAGUUGGUGCAUUGAAGAAGCCAGGAAGUAACUGGCAGAAAAUUGAAGAAUUGAUUGAAUUUGGUGAAUGGUUGUAUUGCAAUGGAUUUCCUGUAACCGAUGCUCUCUGCCAGUUGGACUGGGCAGUAGAUAUACUCCUGAGUAUGAGACUUUGGGUAAAACCCAAGGAGGAUGAAGAAGAGCACUUAAGAAAGGAGAAUAUGCCAAAAAGUGAAAACUUCAUUCCAAUAAAACAUCAGCUACUGAUUGGAGCACAAAGUAUUGACACUAACCUGAUCUUAGCAGAUCUGCAGGAUGUGAGACAACUGGAAACACUGGUUAUAGUACACACUAUAAUGGCAACAAUUGCAGGCCAUGCAUCAUCCCAGCAGCACUGUUUAAUGGCGUAUGCUUAUGUUAUGUGUAUAUGGCAGGUAUCCUUGACAUCUGCAGGGGUACUCAUUAGGGAGUUAACUGCUGCUACUCCUCCAAAGACCACUCGUGCAGAUACAGAAACCAAAUCAAAUAAAUCAAAGGGCAAGAAAGAGUCAGCAUCUGAUGGUCGAGAGAAAUUUAAAUCAAAUCUACCACCUGAAUCUGUACCAGCUAAUCCAGAGGAAUGGGCGCUUUAUAUAUGUCCCAAUGAAGUUCGACAAGCCUUCAAGAGAGGCUCAAGUAGUUCCCUGAUCAACAGGAAAAAUAUCUUGAAACCUACCUACACUUUAUUCUACAUGGAUUUACUAGUGAAAGAGUUGCAAAGCUUAUCGUAUACACACCUGACACUGCCCAUUCUUCAGCUUGAAGAAUUAAUAGCCAGUGAAGUACUGGAUAACAGGAGUCUCUCCGACUUAUACCAUCUCAGGAUUGCCCAGAUAUGUUUAAAGCUGAAUUUGACCCAGGCUGCUCAGUACCAUGAAAGUAUACCAGGAUCAGUAUUCAUCUAUGAUACAGAGCGGGCUAAAUGCCGGCAAGAGAUGAUUCGACUGAAAGAUCUGCAGUUAGGGACUUCAGAAGACAGCAUGCUAACUUCAAAUCGAAACUUACCACCACCACAAACGGUCUCUAACAGCGAAUUGAACAUGCAUUUUACUGCACCUGUGGUAACCAGAAAGAAAUUGAGUGGUGUUUCUGUAAUGGAUGUGUGGAUCAAUAAAGCAGAAGCCUUACUGCAGCUUGGAUUUUACCAGCCUGCCAGAGUUCUGUUAUCAGAGGUCCACAAGGUUGCAAAGGAACUUGAGAACAAAGAAGCUUUGGCAAAUGUUUUCUAUCUUCUGGCAGUUCUAGCUAACCAUGAAAGGAAUUUUGGUCAGGCUAAACUGCUCUUAAAGGAAGCUCAAGACAUUGGAGGAAAUGAAUAUUUCUGGUAUGACGUUAUUACUUGUCUGGUAAAUGCAAUUCUCGGAGAGAAUCUCGAAGGUUCGAAGGAACAGGCUUGCAGGAUCUUAAAACAGGGCAUUGCAGCAUACAAGACUGCUUUAGAAGAGACACCAAAUCGAGCUUCAGUUCUUGAAUUUAUGAUAACUUCAACGGAAGCCAGGUUGACAUCUAUUGAAAUAGAGUCCGUGAAAGCAAUAGGUGAUAUAAAUUUAAAGAAACCUGACAUUAUAGAAAAGCUGGUUUCAGCUUGUGCUAAAAUGGAACAGUAUUCAAACAUUAUGAUGCAACGUGGAUACAGAGAAGAAUCAGUGGAAAUGAUGACUGAAUGUGUUGGUAUACUAAUCGUCAUCGCUAAAUGCAGUGAAGAAGAGGAGAUAAAACAUGCUCAUCUGUUGGAUGCAUAUACACUGAUACAAAGUACCAUCUUGAUUGAAGAAGAUGCUCUCAGUGACUUGAUGAGAUUGUUACCACUCAAAGCGAUGACAGGUGUAAGUUUGCCUCUAAUGAGGAAGCUGGCCUCUCUCAAGUUAAUUUUUGUACAAUUGGUUUUGGACAUGCUUGAACUGGUUACUACAAAAGACAAAAAGGAAGCUGAAACAGCAAAAAACAAAGGAUUGCUACAACUAAUUGUAGAGGAAUUUGUUAGUUCCACACCUGAAUACACUUCUAUAGAAAAGCAAUGGGUGACUGUUUCUAGAUCAUUAGGACAAAAAGCUUUAUCUCAGCUACACAGUGCACAUAGCCUUAGCAGUGGCUCUGAAGAGCUUCAAGCCAAAUGUCUGUAUCUUACUGGGAGAUGUCUUCGGUUGUUAGCUGUCCAGAUAGACCCAAUUAAUCCAGGCUUUGUUUGGGUUCAAGACACCCUGGAAAAUAAAAAUGGGCUGUCAAAGGAAGUGAAAUCCAGAGAAGAAAAUGAAAAAGUUGAAUCAAACUACGAGCAUACAGAUUUGCAUCUCUCAACUCAGGAUGAAAAUGAGCAAGUCGAAUCAGAGCAUGUGCAUUCUGAUAUGCAGCUUUCAGCUCAGCAGCUGGCAAAGUGCAUUGCGAUUGCUGCACAAAUUAAGAAAGAACGGGCCAUUGCUCAGGUGUACCUUGCUCAUGCCAGUGAAGUUUUGUUGCAGUCCAUGAACCAGGCAUUAAACAGCAACCUUACUAAUAUCCUUGCAGCAGCUAGCCUCGACAUGGUUGAAUGUUUUGGACAAUUUGACCCAGUUUCAGCAAGUCAGUAUUUAGCAUUACACCAGAGUUGCUUAGCAUCAAUUAUGCUAAAAGAAGCCUUGAUCAGGACUGGAUAUGAUACCAGCAGUUCCCAACUAGUAGCAUUACUACAUCUUCAACAAAAACUGGAGAAGGAUGGAACUAUGAAAAAUAUGCUCAAGACAGUUAAUGAAAGACUUAGCAGAAAUUUUAAGGCUUGGAAAAAUAUUAUCAUUCAACCACAGCAUCUCAGUUUUCAAAGUGAAUUUCCUUCCAAUUUUAAUAUAUUUGUUCUUCAACAUUCUGAAGACAGAUCUAUGUUAUAUGGAGCACUUCUUGAGAAACCAAAACAAAAACCCAUUGUUGAGAAAAAGGCAAAAGGACGCCAAAGUCCAGGACCAACACAAGCUAAAAUUUUUCGUGUUCCUGUAAAUCCACAAUUAUUUUCAAUUUUAAUUGCAAAAAUCUCCAAUUAUAAGAAUAACUUGGCUCAACAUCUCUUAAAACUUGAAUACCAAUAUAAUCACAUGAUGCAAAGGAAGAAGGUAUUUCAGAAAUUACAUGAAGACAUAAAUCCAGAAAUGAAAACAAAAUCUACAACAGAAUAUGAACAUAAGCUUGAUGAAGAUUUCUCUAGUAUUAUCGAUUCUAUGGAAGAGUACUUGAAUCCUCUUUUGUCACAGUUUGACUUUACAUUUACUCUACCACCGACUCCCCUGGCAACAGGAAUGGAUUCUGGGAAAUCAAAACACAAAAAGAAAGAGGAAAAACCAGUGGGUGGAAAAUCAACUCCAGGUCAAUCUCAAGGUUUAGGAGAAUUUGUAAUCCUUUUGGCUGAUAAGCUAUUGAUGGAACUACCCUUGGAGGCACUGAAGGUCUUGCAGAAAGAUGUAAUCAGUUCCGUUUCAAGAGACUUCUCAUUGCAAUUGCUAUACAAUCGCCAACACAGAGACGAGCCAGAAACUCCAAACACAAAGGAUGUAAAAACCGCUAGAGGAGCAGGAAGCCAAAAGAAAAAUAUUAAAAUGGUAGCAAUUGAUCGUAUUGUACCACCUAAUUGUUUUCCAGUGGAUACUCACAACUUCAGAUAUAUUGUAGAUCCUUAUGAUGAAACCAAUGACUUGGAGUUGUUCAGUCCUGUGAAAGUAAUGACAGAAAUAAUAGAAACAUAUAGUUCACAGUUCACAGGGCACUGGUUUGGAGUCAUGGGAAGUGAACAUGUCCCCAGUCAUGCAACAUGGGAAGAGCUGUUGAAAAGUUGCAGUGCAUUCGUCUUUUAUGGCAAAGAACAUUUUCUUGCUAAUUUAUUGCCAUCAAAACUUGUUUCCAUGAAUUUUCCAGAAUGUCAGCUGGUGAUUCUUCUCGAUCUGGUCCAAACCAGUCAAAGCUUCCGACGGCAGUCAAUACUAGACAGGGCAAAAAGUGCAUUGCAGUUGUCAACAGAGGGGCAAAUGAAUACAGCAAUACUCCUAAGCCUGACCGGAGUUCGUUCUGUUAUGCUUAAUCAGUGGCAGAGCACACUUCAAGACAAUGCCUUGAAGUUUAAGACAUUAUCAAAAAAUUUAUUGGAACUAGGCAAAACAACUGGUCAAACAAUUAUUGAAAUCACCAAAACUGGAAGGAGAAAUGUUUCUAAAAAUGAUACUGAAUUUUCUGCUGAGGAUCCAGUUAUUACAGUGAAUGAUGGUUCCCUUGGUUCUGCAUCUGAGCAUCCUAAAGACCAGGCCAGAAAGGAUCACCCGGAAGAACAUAUGACUCAGCAAAGUGCUUUUAAUUUCAUACUUUAUGGACUGCCAAAUCUUAUUGUCACCUGAGCUGUUACAAAUGAAAUAUUACAUUUUUGAGCAUAUGUUGUAAAUCUUUGAGAAUUUUCAGUGAUAACUUUUAAAAAUCUAGAAUUCAAGUAACUAUAAUCUGUCAGUUAUACAUUUUUGAAAUAUUUUGGGUGGAUUUAUUAGAUUUGAUUCAACAGUUUUCUUUUCCACAGAUUUAUUGUGUGAUUUGAAUUUCCAUAUUAAAUCACUAAUUGAUUUUACAUUUUGAUUUUAACAGAUGUUUUUGAAUGUUUUGGCCUAAAUUCUCUGGUAGAUGGAACAUUUAAUGCUCUAUUAUUCAGUAGUUUGAUGCAAUGGUAAAAAUUCUAGAAGUAUUCUUGUACAGAUAGUCAUAUUCAUUG